GGUCAGUUCGGUUGCGGUGGGCGUACGUCACGGGCGGAAACCUCGCGUGCUCUCGCGCAAUCUGACUACAUUCACAUUUCAACGUGCGAUUUGGUUAGGGGACCACCGAAACAUUUUUUUACGAAGACCAUGUACAGCUCUGUACGUUUAUAGUGCAAAGUGGGCUCACAAAAAAAAAAAAAGAAUAAAAUUAUACGUAAUUGUGAUAGUGUAACAAAAAUUUCCAGUUCCGUAAAGCAAGGCCCAUGUGAAUCAAUGAAAAUAUGUCAUUAAACAGUGAGGUGUUCUCAAAGUGGGUGGUAGGUACACCCAUUGUUAAUUCACGAUGUUAUGUGUGCAUGCUGUUAGAUAAGCAACCACCAGUGUGAUAGAAUCGUCGCAACUAACCAACAGAGUGGAAUGGUUCCGGUGAGCUGGCGACGUCUUGUACUAUUGUGUGGUUGAGGCAAGCUCGUCAACAUGGGGAAGCUUCUCUCGAAGAUAUUCGGUAACAAGGAGAUGAGAAUACUGAUGCUGGGACUCGACGCUGCUGGAAAGACUACCAUUUUAUAUAAGUUAAAAUUAGGUCAGUCUGUCACGACAAUACCGACAGUGGGCUUCAACGUUGAAACCGUAACGUAUAAGAACGUCAAAUUUAAUGUCUGGGACGUCGGGGGGCAGGACAAAAUACGGCCGCUGUGGAGGCAUUACUACACAGGCACUCAGGGCCUGAUAUUCGUUGUGGACUGCGCGGACCGCGACCGUAUCGACGAGGCCCGCCAGGAAUUGCACAGGAUCAUAAACGACAGGGAGAUGCGGGACGCCAUCAUACUCAUAUUCGCCAACAAACAGGAUCUACCUGACGCGAUGAAACCGCACGAGAUACAAGAGAAACUGGGGCUGACCCGCAUCCGGGACCGGAACUGGUACGUGCAGCCGUCGUGCGCGACGACCGGCGACGGACUGUACGAGGGGCUCACGUGGCUCACCAGCAAUCAUAAGUUAUGAGCUGCAGAGUAGGCGGCACUGACGCUGCACCGCCUUCACGAGACACGAUGCGGAUUUUGAUGCCAUUUAAACUAAGUAAACCUGCCCCCUGCGCGGUCGUAUUGAACAUGUUCAGUGUGCACCAGUAUCGGUUCACGUGCAGUAACACAACUAAAAUAUUUCGACCACAGUGAAGGUGCGAUAGCAGUGCGCGUUGUGCCGUCUACACUAGGACGAUAGAUUAGAAAGAAAAAAAACGUAUAUGUAUAAAAAUAUUAUAUUCCGUCACAUAUAUUGUGUAAUUAAAAACAAAAUCAAUUAUUCCAUUUUUUUUAUUUAAACAUUACCUAAUACAAGAAAAAUUACGAAAUUUGUAAAUUUUUAGUUGAUUUUUAGUGUAGUAAAAUUUGAUUAUUUCUUUUGUAUUCGUAGUUAAAAUGUUUACCUCCAUUUUUUUAUGUAAAGUUUGGCGACGCGUUUCUAAAAUUAUUGUAAACGACUUUGUUUCGUGCUAUGAUUUAAUCCGAUAGGAAUGCCAACAUUUUCAAAUUAAUGUCACGGUAUAACAAAAUUUAUUCAUAGUUUUUUCGAAGUGUAAGAUGAAAUUGAGUGAAUUGACUGAGUUUUUAUUAAGCUGUGGCACGAGUGAACGCGUAAUUUAUGUAAUGCUAUGCACCCAUACGAGUAUUAUAUGGUAUGUGAUGUUGCUUGGCUGUAUAAUAUAAAUAAAUAAAUAAAUAUUUACUAAUUAUAAUGCAUAUAAAAUAUAUAUACAUAUAUAUAUAUAAAUAUUUUUCUAAACUUUUGUUGAUUUUGAUUAUUAUUUUUUUUCGUUAAGAAAUUAAGUUUACAAAUAAAUAAAUUAAUGGUUUGUUUCUUUCUACAUCGGGAUGGAUUUAUUUUUAACACUUUAUUUUUAAUCAUAAGGUACGUUUCUCAGUUACGAAUGGAAAGUUUGCGUGAUUAGACUCUGAAAUCGAUUCUAGCAUAACUGUCUACAGUGAAGUUGCAUUGUGUGAGAAAGUAUAGAGAUAGCUUUAUUCAAAGCUUACGUUGUAUGCGCUAUGUCUCGUUGAGCUUGUUAAAAGUUGACUGUCAAUGCAAAUGAAAUUGCUGUAAUUAAACCAUCCUUAGUUAACUUAAGUAAGCGCUUAUUAGUAAGCUCGUAAAUAUAUAUAUGAAUGUAUAAAACAAAUUCACUUGUAUUGGAAAAUUUAAAAACAUAGUUAAAAUUACUGUCUGAUGAAUGAUUCUUGUUUUCGAUGUAAUGUUUCGUAUGUGAUAGUAUAAUUUGAAAUGGAUUUUAUUUCCAUUGGAUAAAUUGAUUCGAUGUAAUGAAAAGUUAUUCAAACAAUCUUAUCCAUUGUUGACCUUCAUAUAUGUAGUCUUUGUAUAUGUUGGAGUGCUUACAUUUUUUUUUGUCUACAAUAACUACAUAUAUUAUGUAUCUAGUAAAGAUAUUUAAUUUGUCGCACAGCACGAAAUGUUUGCUUGAAAAAAACAUUGCAAAUAUCUUUUCCAUUUAGAACACGCAAAUCUUUAAGUAAAUGUAUUUGAUUAUUAUAACGUUUAUAAUAUUGUAAUAAUAUUGUAAACACCGUCUGUUAACUAACAUCUAUGUCAAACUAUGCUAUCACGUGCGUAUCUCAAUGUUUGGAGUUUAUAUCUAAUUGCUGUACUAAAAUAGUUCUGAUGAUGUGUGAUGUUUCAACGUGUGAUGAAAAAAUUCGUUAUUCUUUAAAUAAAGGGGACUCCGUAACCGCCAGCUAAGUCACACUAACAAAUCGAUCUGAACGAAAACCUUUGAGAGCAAUAAAUUAGCAUACAGGAUAAUUAGCCGAAAAUAAUCUAGCAUUUGUAAUAUAAUUGAUAUUUGAUUAAUUAUUUCUUUUUUUUUUCACACAUUUCAAGCACGAGCCUGUUUUUUUUUAAUUCAAAGAAGAAGAUAUCAUUCUGGUUUCGUGUGUCCAGUGGCGUGCUUAAAACCUUAAGAUGUAAUCUGCAUUCAGAAAAUACAGAUUAAAAUAGAUAACGUUUAUGUGCUCGUUGAGUAUAAAUAAGUUCAAGAGACGCUCGAUUUGAAUGAAUUUGGUAUCAAUUUAAAGUUGACAGUUGAACCUUUAAAAUGAUGUCAUUUUUAUAAUAAUUCAAAAUUUACAUAAUAAGCAAGAUCGCGCGGAACCAAAGUGAUUCCAAACUUUUGCUCGCGUGUAUAUAUAGAAGUUGGUACGAACCAGUUACAUAAAAGUAUACUAACUCAAUAUUAAAUAUAAUAUUUGUUUAUUAAACUAAGCAGCGAUACGUGUUAUUUUAGUUUCGUGAGGCCGCAAUACAACGCGAAGUGAGUUCGCCGUCCCGCGCGCGGCCGUUGACCCCGAGACUGGUUUGUAAAUACAUUGCGUGUAAUAUACCUACACGUAAAUCAUUAUUUAUUAUCGUUAGCCGUUUAUAAAGUUAGUCACUAUUUUUACCUACAGUAACACCUGUUUCUUUCUGUCAAGGUUAAAGAAAAUUAUUUUAGUCGAGAACUCUAUUUACUCAUGUUUACAUAUUAACCUUAUUUACCAUAAUCUAAUUGCACGCUACUGGUAUUUCUGAAUGUGAAUCCACCGCGUUAUCGCGUUACGUUUGGUAUAUUCUGAUGAAUAAAUCGGGCAGUAUAUAAUUUUUUUGUAGUUUUCAUUCAGAAAAAUAAUAAUGUAAACAUAAAUAUUAGGUUAUUUCAGUGUUCAAUGUAAUAUAAUUUGAACUGUGUCCAAGAGUCGUCACGGCUGCAAUGAAUAUUCGCAAUCGUUCAGAAAUCAUUACAUUAAUAUUCAUUUCUAUUUCAUUUAAUACUCAAUUUUAGUCCAAUUUCUAAUAAUAUCUAUAGUUGAGCUAGACUAGGCUCAAUAAUGUUAAAAUAAGUUUAUUUUCACACUCGCAAAUUCCAACAACACAUUUAUGUCAGCUAUUUUGAUUUUCAACCUUAUUUUCUCAUAAAUAGAGUUAUGUAAAUAUUGUGUUCUAUAAAACGCAUCGAAUAUGUACUUUAUUCUCUGAAAAUGUAUGAAUUCAUUUGUGAAUGAAAUCUGAACCGUAUAGCUUAUGUUAAUAAGGUAUUUUUUUUUGUAUAAAGAAUACACUGUAUAUUUAUAAAAGUUGUAAUUCUUUUAUUUGCAUAUCUUGCUGUUCGCUAUUAUCGAUUCGAAAUGUAACAAGUGCAAUUAAAUUAGUAAAAUAAAAAUUAAUAAAAAAAAAGUAAUUUAGCGCACUGUGUUGUAAGAAAAUUAUUUUGUAUGCAGUACGCUUCGAUUAGGGCUAUGUGGUCUGAAGUCUAGAUUAGACACAAACUGUAAAGCAAAUAUAAACCGUAUGCUCAUCGUCCUAAGAGCUUAAUUGUUCUAAUGACCAUUUAGCUCUUAUCGAUGGUUCUGAUUUAGUUCAGAACGUGAAAACUAGUUAAUUUUUACGCGUUAUAUGAAGGUACCGAAUGUAAGGCGUGGUUGCAGUCUGCUGUAUGAUAUUGUAGAAAGGUUAUUCAAAUAUAAAUUCACCCUCGA